AUGCCGUCCCCGAUUACUGCAGGUCUCCACUGCCUAUUUCUACUGAUCACAGCAUGUUGCCAGAGAUCACAGGAGUCAAACUUUGCUCCAUUCGUACAAUACGUGAUUGACACUGCGCUAGGAGAGGAAAGCUUCCAGUCAGACAUGCAAAGGCAGAAGCGAAACAUGCUUGUUUUUGACCUUCCCCCUAUGGAGUACACCGCUGACAUUGAAGUAAGCCUUACGGAUUCAUCUUUCCUGGAGCCAGUGAAAGAGUAUUUCAAAAACCUUAAUCUUCCAGUUUUAACAAAUAUUUCAAAUGCAGAAAUGAGAAUUUCAAAUGUCAGUGUUACAACAGUCUGUCUACCCAGUGGUGAGAACACCAGCUGUUGUUCUUGCGAAAAUGGAUAUGCCUGGCCAAGUGAGGUGCACAGUGACUUGAUAAUCUGCCCUUCUGCCAUCUUAGCACCCAGCCUGCCCUGCAGCUACAUGAGGGAAAUGCCUCUUGACAAGCCUUACUGUAAGCCUGAGAUUGAAGAUUCAUGUGAUAUGGGAGAGCCCAUUGUAAUGGAUAUGUCAGUCAGACUCGACACAGUCUUUUUGGAAGAUCUCAGUAAUUCUUCUUCUGAAUUGUACAAAAAAUACAAAGCUGACCUUGAAAUAGCGUUUAAUGCUGGCUACAGAUGUUUACCGGGCUUUGUAUCGGCAACAGUAACUGGUUUCAGGCUUGGAAGCGUUUUUGUGAACUACGAAGUAAAAGCAGGAGCAGCAAACUUCAAUCAGAUAGCAAGUUCCAACAGAAUCAUACCACAAUUUCUAAAUCCAUUGUACCAGCUAAACCAAACUACCUUCACAACAAAAAUAGUUGAUCAGACGAACUUCACUGUGAGUCCUGAAGACAUUUUUGAAGGAGACACAGUAAGACUGACUUGUGAGAUAAAUUCAACAUCUGAGAAUGUGACCUGGUAUCACUUAGGUCAGAUCAUCUCAACCAACUCCCUAAAUUUCAAGGGCAGCAAAACCUCAAGGUCGACUCUUGAAGUUGCCAAUAUAAAGAUGAAUGAUUCUGGUUCCUAUACGUGCACUUUCACAAAGAGCAAUCGGUUUCACACGCUGAUAUACAACGCCACGAAAACAGUAGCAGUCUCUCCGUUAAACAUCACCACAAAAGGAAAUGACAUCGAUGUUACAUGCAACAGUCCUGAAAUGCAGACAAAUGGUCUUCUGCUGUCCUGUUGUAUUGACAAACACUUACCAUCACUCACUGGUGACUGGAAAGUAAAUGGAGCAAUCAAUAUUACAGGAGUCUCCAGUUUCAGUGAAAACUGCACUGAAUACAAGCUCAACAUCAGUGAAUCACUGUGCCCACCUGAGAAUUCAGGUACAGUGACGACAUAUACAUGUGAGCUGCGGACUGGAUACGGUGCCAGGCGCAGUCAAGACAUCAGAGUGAUGUACCUCCGGGCAGCUCAGGUAACAAUAUUUCCGAGCGUAAAGUUACAGGUUUCCGAGGGAUCUGAAUUCAAUCUAACGUGUAAAAGUGAUGUGGGCAAGUAUGACAGUGUCAGUUGGAAAAUCCAGUCUGGAAAUAGCAUAAACCAAAUAGACUGUGGGAGGUACAUCACAAAUAACAACCGUGAAGCCACAUCUGUGCUCAGAGUGAACACUACCACAUGGGACUGGAAUGGCACCUGCAUCUGCACAUUCUCCCAGAAGUACUUGGAGAGUUCUGCCAAUGUGACAAUUGAGGUUGUUCCCUUGCCUCUGAAGCACAAAAUCCUGAUAAACCCCAUUGAAACAUCUAUAGUAUGCGAAAAGCCACAAGCCCUUGAGUGCUGCAUAGACAAUAAUACCACGGAAAACUACACUGUCCGAUUUGUGGUUCAAGAAAAAGAAUUUUCCGCUGAGAGAAAGCCAAAAGGAAAUUUGUUAUGCUACACGUCCAGUUACACAGAAGGAGAAUGUAAUAAAAUGAAAAAGCUCACAUCGUAUUGCAAGUUUAUUAACAGCAUUAACCAGGAGGUCAACAGUAAUAAUAUAACACUGAAAGUGAUACCUGGUAAGAAAGAAGUUUCCUGCUCAGACAGCGAUGGUGUUGGAAUGGAAGGGGACACAUUAAUAAAGCCAUGCUGUGAGUUAAAUAACAUAGAUGAUUGCGUCCAAGGCAAUAGAAUUUACAAGUGCUGCAACAAAUUAUGGGUGCUUGAAAAGCGUAACUGCCUGUCUGUAGCAAUAAACAAACUUCUGGAUGAUGCCGAGUCCUUGUUCAACAGUCCUGCCAGAAAAGAACUACCUAUCUACCUUAAAAAGCUUAAUGAAACAACAGGAAUGGAGAAAGGCAUAUUACACAAUUCUUCUGCAAAUGUAGGUGCAGUCGUUAGCAUCCUACAGAUGGUGUCCUCUAUCCCAGCAGAUGCAGAGCCGCUCACUAUUGAAUAUUUCCUUUCCGUAGUGGACAUUGUUGCUGAGUCCACAACUGAGACUUGGGAAGUCCUGAAUAACAGCGAAGAACCUAAAAGUUCUUCAUUGCUGGGAUCAGUAGAAAAUUUUACCCUGAACCUCCAACCAGUUGAUAAUACCAUUCCUUUUGUCAAGGCAAAAACCCUUCAGCUACAAGGUAUGGUGACAGAAAAUAGCAACACAAAUUAUAAUAAGAUCUUCCACAGUGCAGAAAACCUCACAGUUAAUGUGUUCAUUGAUUCAACUGAAAAUUCAAUUGGAACCCAGAAUUCAACCAUUGUCAGUGUGAUGUCCUCAAGACUUGGACAUAUUUUGCCCCAGCAUGGGACCCAGUAUGUGAAUGGCUUACUGUUAACAACAACUGUAAGAAGCAGCGGAAACCAGAAGUUCGAUAUUAAUAUGACCUUUGCAAAGCAAGACUUAUCUCUAAAGAAACCUCAGUGUGUCUUUUGGAACUUCAAACUCAACAGAUCAGGGGGCGGCUGGGAUACUCAGGGUUGCACAUUCACAGAGGAAGAAGAUUACGUCAAUUGCUCCUGCAACCACUUGACAUCAUUCUCCAUUCUGAUGUCACCUGAUAUACGGUCCCGGGUAGACUUUGAAGAUUAUAUUACCUACAUUGGCCUGGCCAUCUCAAUCUUGAGUUUGGUGACCUGCAUUAUAGUUGAAUCCUUAGUCUGGAAAUACGUGACAAACAACACAACCUCCUAUAUGCGCCAUGUCUGUAUACUCAACAUAGCUACAUCACUCCUGAUUGCUGACAUUUGGUUCAUUGUCACUGCCUCCAUCAGUAACCAAAACCAACAGAUGAGCAGAGAUGUCUGUCUCGUGGCCACGUUCUUCAUCCAUUUAUUCUACCUGUGUGUCUUUUUCUGGAUGCUCAGCCUGGGCCUCAUUCUUUUCUACAGACUGGUCUUCAUCUUGCAUAACACAAGCAAGACCAUUCAGAAAGCAGUGGCAUUCUGUCUGGGAUAUGGAUGCCCCUUUGUCAUUGCAGUCAUCACCAUUGCUGUCACACUGCCAAGGAAUAAUUACACCAGAAAUGAUGUCUGUUGGCUCAAGUGGGAGGAGAGCAAAGCUCUCCUGGCCUUCGUCGUACCUGCCCUGAUCAUUGUGGCCAUGAAUUUAUUCAUCACUGCAGUUGUUAUAAUAAAAAUACUGAGGCCAAAUAUUGGGGAUAGAUCAAACAGGCAGGAGAGGAACUCUUUGCUUCAAAUUGGCAAAAGUGUGGCCAUCUUGACAUCACUGCUAGGCCUCACUUGGGGAUUGGGCCUUGUCACUGUCAUCAAAAACAGCCAUCGAGCGUUCCACAUCCUCUUCGUUCUGCUCAAUACUUUGCAGGGAUUAUUCAUUUUGGUGUUUGGGACUCUCUGGGACAAGAAGAUACAAGAAGCCCUGCUGAAGAGGAAUUCAAUGUCCAAAUGGAGUUCACAGCAAACAAAGUCAUCCUCCCUGAUCCUGGUGACACCAAUGCUCGCUAUGAGCUAUCCAUUUUCAAGAACCUUUAACAACAUAUGCGGGAAAACAGGAAAAUACAGAGUAUCAUCUUCAGAGCCAUCCACCUCUUCCUCUGAAAACACUUCCAAGUCAUAUUCUUUGCUUAACUGA